AUGCUAUCGCUGGAAUCAAAACAAGAUGUUUUGCCGAAUCCUCGAAUGCAUAGAAAGGGACAUUAUCGUCGUCAUAGCUUGCAUUCUCUACAAUCUCUGAAAUCCAACACGGAGCCAGUUUCAAAACAACACCAAACAGUAACGAACAUAAACCGCUCUCAUAGGAGACACGAGCGUGUCAAUAGUCUUGACGGUGUUGGGUUUCCCUCAGAACGAUUCGGCGUCGCUCCUCGUAUAUCUGACAAAAAUAUCCCAUCUUUGAUUCCCUUUGCAUCUUCCAAGUAUCUGUCUCCUGUAGGUCGUGACUCUCCUCCAAAUGAUGGCUAUUUCUCUGCAAUCACUGAAGAACAACUAGAAGACGCUUAUGCUGAUUUUUGGAAGCCGACCGUUUCUCUUUCGUUGUCGUCGAAAUCGGUGCACGAUACGACUGUGUCCACACAGGUAGCCUCAAAGUUCAAGGAAGAACAAUUUCCAUUGUCUAUGGCUUCAGUGUCUGUGACAAUUGAGGAAAAAAUGUUGGAUCGUAAUAUUCUGGCUCAGCAAUUAACCGAACUUGGAGCCACCAUUCACAAACGGCCUCAAUUUAGUAAACACGAUUUAACAACUCACAUGGUCUUGCCAAAAAACAGCUAUUCCUACUCGAUGCUCGAUGCCAUACCCUCCGAAAGCACAAUAGAAUUCGUCUCGCCGGAAUGGGUUGCGGCUUGUUAUUCAGCGAAAAAGUGGGUGAACGAAUCCGCCUUCCGUAUAAACUUUAAAAGUUUGGUACCGAGGCAUGGUUUGGCACUUGCAAACAUAAAUCCCUCCAGGUCUCAGGUAACUCGUAUGAAAACAAAAUCGGGCCCUUUUGUAUUAGAUGUAGACAUGCCUUCUCAUAAUCAGUCGAGAACGAGUUCCAAAAAACCUUUGGAGGGAAUUGAAUAUAACUUCAAUCCAUCGUUUGCUGAAAAUGCUCGUUUGCUCAAGGAAAGGCCUAAAUCAAAAGGAAAUACGACUUUUCUCAACGUGCCUUCAGCAAAAAAACGACCAAAUGGUAGGGAAGGUGUUUUUCGCGUUCAGGAAACCAAUGCUUUGAAAUUAGAUUCACCUUUUAGUGCAACCAAAUUAUCCAAUCUAUCUCCUCGCCAGAGAAAACAAUUGGAAUCCGCCAAAAAGAAAUAUUUGGCUUAUGAACCCAUCGUUGGGUCACCAUUAAAACAAAAAAUUACAUUUUUCGAUCUUUGA